GCGCCCGACUGGCGCGCGAGGCGCGCGGGCGCCGCUGCGCGGCGCGCGCGCCCGCGGCUCCGGGCCGCGGGACUCUCGUUUGGUGGAUCCCCGGGAGCGGCGGUGGCUGCCGCGCGCGGCGGCCACGCGCGCAAGCUCGCGACCUUCGCGGCGCUCUUCCUCUCGUCGGCGCUCCUGCACGCCGCGGAGGUGGCCAUCACGACGCUGUACCCGUGGAAGGUCAAGGAGUUCGCCGAGGCCGAGCCGUCGACAGGCGUCUUCACCAUGCUCGACCGCGACAUCACGCGCGUGCUCUACACGCUGCUGGUCUGCUCGACGGCGUGCACGGUCUGCGGCACGGCGCUGGCGGCGUCGGCGCUGGCCGAGCUCUGCGCCGGCGCGCCGCGGCGCGCGGCGGCGGCGACGCUGGGCUUCGCCGCGGGCUCGAUCUUCCUCGGCGAGCUGCUGCCGAAGACGCUCGCCGUCGCGAACGCCGAGCGCGUCGCGCGGCGCGCGGUGCCGCUCGUGCGCGCGGCCGCCGUCGUCCUCGCCCCGGUCGGCGCGUUCUUCGGCGCGCUCGCGCAGCUGUGCCUCGCGCCGCUCGGCCUCGCCGCGCGGGGCGACGCCGCCGCGCUGGGCGUCUCGGAGCGCGGCCUGCGGCUGCUGGUCGCCGGCGCGCGGCGCAGCGGCGCGCUCGGCGCGCGGGAGUCGCGCAUGGUCGACGGCGUGCUGGACCUGCGCGCGACGCGCGUCGCGGAGGUGAUGACGCCGCGCGUCGACGUCGUGGCGCUGGCCGGCGGCGCACCGCUCAGCGAGGCGCUGGACCUCAUGCGCGCAGCGAAGCGCAGCCGCGUCCUCGUCUACGAGAAGGACGUCGACGACGUCGUGGGCGUGCUCCUCGCGAAGACGCUGAUCCGCUACGCGGAGCGCGGCGGCGCGGCGGCGCUGCGCGCGACGCGCGCGCGCGACGAGCCGGCCCUCGAGUCGCCGUACUUCGUGCCGGGCUCCAUGAGCGUCUGGGCCAGUGCUCAAUCAAUUUCUCGCGACGCGCCUCGCCACGGCUCAAUCAUGACCUCCACGCCAUCGACGCGACGCCUGCUCGACGGCGUGGAGUUGUGGUCUAUUACCGCUCGUUUCAGCCAACACGGCCGCGUUCUCGCCGAGAAAUGACUUAGUGAAGAAUUAUCGGGUGCACCCGACUCACUGGUUAAUUUACGCACAGGUCUGGGCCGCGCUCGAGAGCCUCCGGCGGCGGCGGCGGCACCUCGCCGUCGUGGUGGACGAGUACGGCGGCACCGCGGGCAUCGUGACGCUGGAAGAUAUCCUCGAGGAGGUCGUCGGGGAGAUCUACGACGAGGACGACGCGGCCGAGGGCGCCGACCGGGCCGACCGCUCGCUCAUCCAGGUCGUGCGCGGCGCCGGGGACCGCGGCCGGGGGGGCGCGUCCAGGACGUACGUGGUCCGCGGCGAGGCCGAGCUGGACGACGUCCGCGCCGCGCUCUUCGGCCCGCCGCCGGCGCCCGCCGGAGGCGGAGGCGGCGGCGGCAGCGGCGGCGCCGCCGCGCCGCCGCUCGACGACCGCGCGUUCGACUGCGUGACGCUGUCGGGCUACCUCUGCGCCGUCCACGGCGAGAUUCCCGCCGUCGGCGUCGCCGUCGUCGACUCGGGGUACCGCUUCACCGUCGCGCGCUCGGACGCGCGACGCGUCCGCGAGGUCCUCGCCGAGCCCGUCGAUGGCGAGCCGGCCGCGCCGCCCACAUCUUGAUAAGUACCCGGGCCUGCCAACACGCGGCCGACGUCUCCGAAGUCCCCCGGGCGGGCGGCAGCCCCGAGACCUCCUUUACCGCUCGGUCUACUCCCCUGGGAAGCCCCGGGCCCGCGCGGGGCGGAAGACUGCCAAGCGGUUUAAGCAGAAGUCCUUGGCGUCCUCGAUUUUCCCUCCCGUACAUAUACAAGGCCUCCGAGAAGAAAGAACGUGGCGAGUUCCUUGAACGAUUAUAUGAGAGAGAGUGUGUUGACUGGCAACGGGUGUGAAAUCACACGCCGUUGACCACCCAACGGCCUCUCCUAACCUGCGUCUUCUUUUUUUUGGCGCCAAUUCCUGC